AGAUCCCACAUGCCACAACUAAGACCUGACACAGCCAAAUAAAUAAAUUAGGAUUGAAGCUGGCAAGAAGUAAGGGUGCUUGCUAAGCAAGGGUUGGUUGGGGCCCAAAAUGGGUUACAUAGUUACAAGGGGAGACCUUGAGACCUUAAGGUUGCAGCUGGCAGCUACUAGCAGAUAUUGUUUUGAGAACAGCUGGUAGUGUCCUUGAGUUUGAUACAGUUUAGAAAAUUCAGGUUCUCAGUGACGCAGGAACAUUUCUGAAACCACAUGCACAAUGGUUACCCGGUUCCAUUUUGGAUGCCCGAACCACAGUUUCAUAUCUUGUCAGAACAAAGAACAAAUAUCAAACAUGACGGGUGCAUUCCUUCAAGGUUUCAAAAGAGACAGAUUAGCACAUACACAGCGAGUCAGCAUGACCUUGGUGUCUGGGAAGGGACCCUUAUCUUCGAAGGAGUAAUAGCAUUGGCAUCAUGGGCAGGGUGGGGGGGGCAUUUAUCUCUGUCUUCAAAGUGGAGAUUGUGAACAAUAUGGUAAAUGCAUUCUUUUUUAAUGGUUAGAACAGAUGUACACCAUAUAAGUCAGAAUGACUUCCCCAUACCUCAACAGGCAAAAAUUUCCUCCAUCACUAUCUACUGUUACUAUCCCCAUUUAUAGAUUGGGAAAGUCAGGCACAGAGAGGAUAAGUAAUUUACCAAGGUCACCCAGCUAGUACGUGGUACAGCCAAGAUUACAUACCCAGGUAACUUGGCUUGAGAGUCGGCGGAUCUAACCACUAUUCCAGACCAUAAAUGAGGGCUGGAAAGAAACAAGAAGAAUGAAAGCCCAAGAUAGUAUGGUCCCUGAUGCCAGGGACUAGAGAGUUUCUGAUAGUGGGAAGCCUGGAAAUCCUGGUUGCCUGAGAGGAAGCCAUGGAAAAUAGAAAGUGGUAGCUGUUGUGUGUGGAGGGGAAGAGGGACAGAAUCUCUAGUUACUUUUGCAGGAGCAAUCUCAAUGGCUUUGUUGGCAGUUUGCCGCCUACAGUGUGUUAAGGUGAGGACUAGAGUCAGAGAUAGGAGGGCUUUCCUUCAAGUAGUUUAGCCUUGAAAGGGAGGGAAGAAUGGCAGCUGGAGUGGAGCAAGAGCCAGGGGCAGCCACUGCUUCUCCAAGCAAGUGCCUGGUGAUGUGGUCUUCGAUGUUUCUGAGAGAAAGGGCAUGUCCACCUGCCUGGUGCUCUGAGGAAGCUCUGCUUUAUACUGAAUUUUAGUGUCAAUCUUAUGCCAGCUCUGUAGUCAAGCUUUACAUCAGAGCAUGGGGGGGGGCACAACAGCAUCCUCACAGGACUGAAAGAUCUAGUCUUAUUUCUUAUGAUACAGAGCCUGUCAUCCUUUUUUUCUCCUUCCCCUAACUGCUUUGCUUGAAUGGAGGUAAGGGCGUGGUUGCUAACGGGUUAACUCGGGGACAACCACCGAGAGGUGCUUCCUAGAGAGCCCGGGAAGUGGCAUUGAUUCCCACCGAGGCUUCCUGUGCCCCAUCCUCAAUUUUUCUCCAGCAUCUGGAAUCUGUUCAUUCCACCAAGACAUCCUUUGGGGUUACUUAUUGUGGGAUUCGGGGUGGGGUGCAGAGGAGGACGCUGCAAAGGCACGGACUACAAGGGGCAAUCUGUGAAGUUGCGCCCCAGGGGUGUCCUGGGCCCCUGGACACGCGGAAGGGGACCACUGCAGUUUUACAGUAUAAUUGUGAUUUCCCACCUUUCAAGAAUUUUCCGAAGAAAUACAGCUCCCAGCUAGACUGAGGCCCAAGUACUGCCUUGGUCCAGGAUGGCUAGAGAAUCGAAGGAAAGCGCAGCCUUGGACGCCCAGUCUGCAGAGGACCGGACCGGGAUCCUGACCGUGAAGGUGGAGAAGGAGGAAGCCUCCGCCUUGGCUGCUGAGGCGGGCGCCCCAGGCAGCCCAGCUCCGGGCUCCGAGCACUCCCGCCAGCGCUUCCGAGGCUUCCGCUACCCGGAGGCUGAGGGGCCCCGCGAGGCUCUGAGCCGGCUCCGGGAGCUCUGCCGACUGUGGCUGCGGCCAGAGGUGCACACUAAGGAGCAGAUCCUGGAAGUGCUGGUGCUGGAGCAGUUCCUGACCAUCCUGCCGGGGGACCUGCAGAGCUGGGUGCGGAAGCAGCAUCCGGAGAGCGGGGAGGAGGUGGUGGUGCUCUUGGAGUAUUUGGAGAAGCAGUUGGAUGAGCCGAUGCCGCAGGUCCCAGGUGGUGACCAGGGGCAAGAACUGUUCUGUUGCAAGAUGGCAGUGUUGACACCAGCUCAGAGGUCACGAAAUACCCAGUUCCAGCCAAGAAAGGCUCCACUCAAGCAUGAAUCUCUGGGAUCCCACUCCUUACCAGACAGAAUUCUCCAGGUUCCUAGGCUUGCCUCUGGAGGGCGCUGCAGAGGAGAUGAAGUGGUAGCCGCCAGGCUUGCCCCAGAGUCCCAGGGGCUGCUGAAAAUGGAAGAUGUGGCCCUGACCCUCACUCCUGGAUGGACACAGCUGGAUUCAUCUCAGGUGAACUUCUACAGAGAUGAAAGGCAGGAGAACUGUGGCAGCCUGAUCUCCUUGGGUGAUGCAGUGCAGACGAAGAUCAGGGACCUGCCUCCAGACGAGGACCAUCCAGGACAAGAGUCUGGGCAGAUGCCAUGCCACCUGGGUGAAGCCAUUGGCCAGAUUCCUGCACGUGCAGAAGCUGGUGAUCAGGAGGGCAGGUUACAAAGAAAGCAGAAAAGUGCUGCAGGGAAUAGGCGGCAUUAUUGCCAUGAAUGUGGGAAGACUUUUGCUCAGAGUUCAGGCCUGACUAAGCACAGGAGAAUCCACACUGGGGAGAAACCCUAUGAAUGUGAGGAGUGUGGCAAGACCUUCAUCGGGAGCUCUGCCCUCGUCAUUCAUCAGAGAGUCCACACUGGGGAGAAACCAUAUGAGUGUGAGGAAUGUGGCAAAGUCUUCAGUCACAGUUCAAACCUUAUCAAACACCAGAGAACUCACACCGGGGAGAAGCCCUACGAGUGUGAUGACUGCGGGAAAACCUUUAGCCAGAGCUGCAGCCUCCUUGAACAUCGCAAGAUCCACACUGGGGAGAAGCCAUACCAGUGCAAUGUGUGCGGCAAAGCCUUUAGGCGCAAUUCACAUCUCCUGAGACAUCAGAGGAUCCACGGGGAUAAAAACGUUCAGAAUCCUGACCGUGGAGAGACCUGGGAGAGUCAGGGGAGGAUGGAAAGCCAGUGGGAAAAUGUUGAGGCUCCCGUGUCUUAUAAAUGUAAUGAGUGUGAGAGAAGUUUCACUAGGAAUAGAAGCCUUAUUGAGCACCAAAAAAUCCACACUGGUGAGAAACCCUAUCAGUGUGAUACAUGCGGAAAAGGCUUCACCCGAACUUCAUACCUUAUUCAACAUCAGAGAAGCCACGCUGGGAAAAAAAUUCUGUCUCCAUGACCCAUGUCUUAUAUGCCAGAGUUGCUCACUCCUCGUUGAACUGAAGCCACCCUGGAGCCCUUGCUGACUAGAAAAUUGUGAGCUGGGCUUUAUUUACUCGCACACGUCAUCAGGUGUUUGUUAGAAAUAGAGACUGGCUGAGGUGAAUUAUCUUCUACAUCUUAGAAGGUGAUUGAAAAAAAAAACAACUUGUUUGAUAAGAGGCUAUGGGAGAGUUGUCUAGAAGAGGUCAGACCUGAAAUGAUUCUCACCUUUUAGACUUAAAUGGGCUUCUAGACUGGCUAAUUAAUCACCCUCGGCCAGCACUUUAUGACGUCUCCUGGGUGGAUGGCUCUGAUUUGGGGGGCUGCUGCUCUGACUGUUCAUUUUGCCUAUAAUGAAUUCCUCACCAGUUGGUUGGAUCAAUGAUGUCUUAUACCCCCAUUGUGCCUUGCAUACAGGUGCUAUAAACAUUUAUUAAAUAUACCAGUGAAACGAC